AUGUCAGCAGAUUGCAUGUCAGAGGUACCAGAUUUAUUUUCUUUUCUCUUUACAGUUAACCUCCUGGCGAUUGUAAUUCUUUCCCGGGGAAAAUGCGGCCUCUCCGCUUGCACCUCUCGAUAUCUGGUGGCCAUGGCAGCGGCGGACCUGUUGUCUCUAAUAGUUACCGUCAUCUUGUGGAGAAUCGUUGUUUAUUAUUUUCCCGGAACUCUCCUGGAGGUAACCCCUGUAUGCAGUGCAAUCGGUGUAUUCUUUUGCGCCGUCACUGACUGUUCCGUCUGGUUCACCGUCGCUUUCUCAUUUGAUCGUUUUGUCGCAAUUUGUUGCAAUAAAUUGAAAGCUAAAUAUUGCACCGUGAACACAGCAACGGCGACUCUGGCAACUACCUGCGCUUUGUUUUGCAUUAAAAAUGUUCCUGUCUACUUUACACUUGAACCCGAGGAGAUUAUCGACAAUAUCCCGUGGCGAUGUCCGAGAAAACCAGGAUAUUACACUGAUCCCGGAUGGGUGGCAUUUGACUGGCUUGAUAAAGGCUCAACACCGUUGUUCCCUUUCGCCCUAAUCCUGUUGCUCAAUGCUCUGACAGUCAGGCACAUUUUAGUAGCGAGUCAAAUCCGUAAGAAACUGAGGGGUCAGAGAACCGAAGAGAAUCGUAGUGACCCGGAGAUGGAGAGUAGAAGGAAGUCCGUCAUUCUACUCUUCGCCGUAUCCGGGAACUUCAUUCUGUUGUGGUUGCCUUACGUCAUCAACUUCCUCUAUUACAGCAUCGCGCAGGUCAACCCCGAUAACGACACCGACUCGACCUUCGUAUUUCAGCAAGUCUCAUUCAUGUUGUUGACGUUAAGUUGCUGCACAAACACUUUUAUUUAUGCAGCGACUCAGUCAAAAUUCAGAGAGCAGCUCACGAACGCAAUAAAAUAUCCGGUGAUCUCAAUUGGUCAUUUCAUUAUUCCUCGCGAUCUGUGA